CUUUGGAUUAAUCUAACAUACAUCGUCUUGGACAUCUUCUAGGAAAAUGAAAUUCUUUGUCAUUGCCUUUGCUGUGAUCGCAGCUGCUUCGGCGGCCUCCAUUGCCACGGAUUACCUGCCCCCAGUGGACAACAACCUCGAAGCCGCCUCCGAGCUGGUCGAGCUGCCCGCCGCCGAGCAGGGUCUUCUCGCCGAUGAUGGAUACCGCUACAAGACCGUCCGCCGCCUCAAGCUGCGCCACCGUCGUGACGUCAACGAGCUGCCCACCGCCGAAUAUCUGCCCCCCGUGGAGGAGGCUUCCGAAUCCGUUGCAGUGGAGACUCCCCUGGCCGAUGAUGGAUACCGCUACAAGACCGUUCGUCGUGUGAUCCGCCGCCGUCGUGACGUCAACGAGCUCCCCACCGCUGAGUACCUGCCCCCUGUGGAGGAAGCCUCUGAGGCUGUUGCCGUCGAGACUCCUUUGGCUGAUGAUGGAUACCGCUACAAGACCGUCCGCCGCGUCAUCCGUCGCCGUCGUGAUGUCAACGAGCUGCCCACCGCUGAGUACCUGCCCCCUGUGGAGGAAGCCUCUGAGGCUGUUGCCGUUGAGACUCCCCUUGCUGAUGAUGGAUACCGCUACAAGACUGUCCGCCGUGUGAUCCGUCGCCGUCGUGACGUGAACGAGCUAUCCGCCGAGUACCUGCCCCCCGUAGAAGAGGCUUCUGAGGCUGUUGCUGUCGAGACUCCCCUGGCCGAUGAUGGCUACCGUUACAAGACUGUCCGCCGUGUGAUCCGUCGCCGUCGUGAUGUCAAUGAGCUCCCCACCGCUGAGUACCUGCCCCCUGUGGAAGAGGCCUCUGAGGCUAUUGCUGUGGAGACUCCCCUGGCCGAUGAUGGAUACCGUUACAAGACCGUUCGUCGUGUGAUCCGUCGCCGUCGUGACGUAAACGAGCUCCCCACCGCUGAGUACCUGCCCCCAGUUGAAGCAGCAUCCGAAUCCGUUGCAGUGGAGACUCCCUUGGCCGAUGAUGGCUACCGUUACAAGACCGUUCGUCGUGUGAUCCGUCGCCGUCGUGACGUCAACGAGCUGCCCACCGCUGAGUACUUGCCCCCUGUGGAGGAGGCCUCUGAGGCUAUUGCUGUGGAGACUCCCCUGGCCGAUGAUGGCUACCGUUACAAGACCGUUCGUCGUGUGAUCCGUCGCCGUCGUGAUGUCAAUGAGCUUUCUGCCGAGUACCUGCCCCCCGUGGAGGAGGCCGCUUCGGCCGUCAUCGAUGUGCCUGCCGAGCAGACGAUCCUGGCCAACGAUGGAUACCGCUACAAAACAGUCCGUCGCCUGAAGCUCCGUCGCCACUAAGCUGCCGCCCAUCGAACACCCACCGCACAGCAUUUGAGAAUGUCAGGAAUGCGAUGUCCUUCCUUACCCGAAUUCUCAUAAUGAAAACUAACUAAAAUAAGUCGAGCGUAUUAGUCAAUAUGAGAAAACGAAACGGUUAUGAACAACAAUCCCCGAGUACAAACAACAAAAC